AUGUGUCGGAUCAGGACCCGCUGCUGGUCAGCCCUGCCGGUUCUGCUCUCGUGGAGCCUGAGAUCUGUUCUGGGGCUGAACGUAACACAGGGAGGCCAGCCCACCUGCCAGACAGGUUACUACUGUCCGGAGGGGGGAGAAACUGCAGUGCCGUGCCCCCCGGGAACUUUUGGGCCGAGUUUCUGGGCUGUUGAUAUCCGAGGCUGUAUCAGCUGCCCUCCACACCACUACGCUCCCAGAGAGGGUCUGUCUGCAUGUCUGCCCUGCGGCUCCACAGCACAGCAGCCUCUUACUGGCCAAGAUAAAUGUAUUUGUCUGGGAGAAGGUCAGGUCUUUCAGGCCAGUGAUGGGCGGUGCCACUGUGCUCUGGGGUAUCGCACUACACCGAGAGGAGACGCUUGUGAGCUGAAGGUAUACGAGAUCUGUAAGGACGGAAAGGCACGUGAUCAGUAUGGCGAGUGUUUGGACCCUAAACGCUGGAAACAGAUGUGUUCUAACCAGGUGUGCUCGUCUCCGGAGCGGUACGAGGGCUUCGACAGCUCUCUGGGUCUGUGUUUGUGUAAAACCCCGCCCGGUUCAGACCCGAGCCGGAGCGGGUGUGCAGGCUGGUGCCCCCGGGACCGAACCCAGGAACCACACCUGAGGCUGGUGUGCAGCUCUGCUACCCUUCAGCUGCUCUACACUGAGUCAGACAGACAGGUGAGGGCGUCCGGAGGCGUGCUGCUGUCCGUCCUUAAGCGCUGGGACUGGAGGCUGGAGUGUGACGGGCGUCUCGGCUUCUCCAGGCCCGUCUACUCAGUUCAGACGGGGGAGGCUGGUUUCUACGGGUUCCUCCGAGCCGUCCCUCCUGAAGUACGGAAGCUGAUACUGGAGAGCAGCCAAAUCUCUCUAAGAACACACAGUGUGGUGGAGUUAAGAGGAAACAGUACCCACAUGGAUAUGGAUUCUGAUUGGCCUGUUGGUUCAGCAUCCAGAGGAGCCAGCAGUGGAGACUCUGUGGGCGUGAUGAAUCCGACAGCAUGCUUACAUCUGCAAGAUAUUCUACUGUUCACUGUGACUAAGCAGCACUAUCCUCAGUAUGAUGUGGAGAAUCUUUUCAACACUAACACGGCCUUCGACUGGGGACCUUUCAGACUCUUAGCGCAGGAGCUAACGAUGGCUCAGUCCACCCAAUCCCUGUUCUCUGUUACUUUCAGUGAACCCGGGGUGUACGUCCUCAAACUGAGCAGCAAUCCAUACAAACACAUGUAUGUGAAGGUUCUGCCGGCUGGAGGAGAGUGCUACGAUAAUGGACCGUUCUUCCCCACUGAUCCACACCAUGUGACCCGCAUGGGCAUCGCUCGCCAGCGCCAGCUCUUACUGAGACCCGACUGGCUAGUGAUCGGAGGACUUCUAGCAGGAGCUGUAGUCGUGCUCUGCUUGUGUAUCGUACUACUGAUCCUCUUUAAAGAAUACGGCUGGCCAGAGAAACUCCCCACCCAGGCCAGAUACCGAACUCUGCAGCUCAACUACAACAUGGACGACUACUCAUCGAAGGGAUCCCGAGUUGUGGCUCUGAAAAAGACUCACCGAAACCUGCAGAUGGGGAUGACGGAGGACCCAAUGCAGAGAGCUGUGGCUCUCAUGUCAGAUGAAUUCUGGGAUUAUGAGGAGCAGGUGGACCUGGAGGCCUUCAGUUCCAGCACUUUCUACGACAUCCUGCUGAAGCACAGCGUCUCGGUCACGUCUCGACUCUGGCAGCUGAGAGGAGAGGUAAAGCAGCUGUACCAGGGAGUGCUGGGGAAGGUGCGAGGGCUCCAGCUGGGCUGGGGGGCAGCAGUCGGGGGUAAGUUGGAGGCUCUGGAGAGGCAGGUGGAGAAGGAGAUGGUGCGGAGGAAAGCUCUGGGAUCUCAGUUUGCUCAGCUGCUGGAGAGUCAGUUACAGAUCCUGAGAGCUGAGUUAAAGCCUCAGCACAUCCUGCACAAGACAUUCAGCUCCGGCCUCAGAGAAAACCUCCGACUGCUCACACUGCUGACUGAUAACCAGGCCUCGCUGUGGGACAAACACAUCGAGAGAAGUGUUAUAGAGCGGGUGGCUGUUCUGGUGGAGGAGAUGGUUGAGCUGGUAUCGACGGAGGCUCAAAGACAGGGAUGCUGGGCUGUUCUUAAACAGGCUACAGGAGCUCAGCUGCUCUGUCCUGCUACUGGAGCAGCUCUCAGCAGGGAUGAUAUCAUUGGUGAGUGCUUUAGACUGUAUUAGAAUCUUAAGGGUUAAAAAU